CUGGUGGUAGGCGUUUUGGCGGAGCGGACUAAUAAUUGCGCCGCUUCCCGCUAAGUUCCUCCUACACAAAACAUUCCAUUUUGUCCUUCCCUCUCAUGUUUCCAUUCACGGCCUCAUCAUCGUGUGAUCUCCCCCAUCACAUCACGGCGAAAACAACCAGUGCAAUGCCCUCGCGACACGAAUCUGCCUUGAUCGCUCCUAGGCAUUUCCGUUUUAUGCCCAAAUAUCUCUUUCUCCUUACUCACUCAUCAAUAAUCAAGCGUGUCCAGAUCUCGAGGACACCACACUCCAGACCACCUCAUCCACACCACUACCACAACAUGUCCAUGGCCAGAGCACCACGGUCAGGACAUGAUCAUUCAUCCCGAACAGCAAAAGAUAGCAGCCUGGCAGGUAAGGUUCAUCUUCUGGAGGAUCCCAAAUGCGGCACGGCGAAAUGAGAUCAAAAUCUCAUCCGUUGCGUUGCCAUAUCCUAAUGCUCCCAACGUGCCAGCUGCGAAUUCACCACCCAGCGCCCGGCUCUCGCCACAAUCUUGGUACACUGUUCUUUGGUAUGGCCCUCACGACAUUCUUGGCCGCACGCAAGAACGACACGCCUUAGGCUCAUCCGCCUUGAACCGCACCUUGCGUCGGUGCAGGAAACCGUGACACUGGUAUAAUGGCCUUCGUCUGCUGGCACAUAUUCGGAGCAGAUUAAGCCGUCUGCAAAUACUUCUCUCCAACGUAUUGUCGGACACGGCCUACCAGGCUCGACGAAAGCUUGAUUGCAGUUCUUGACGACUUGAAUGCGAGCGCCGCAGCUCAGCAGAUAUGGAUGUAUCUCACACAUACUGAUUAAGAAUAGAGAUAGAUGCUAGACUUCAGACGAGUGAACAGUGCGCUCAAUAAUGAGAAAAAAGAAGAGCCA